AUGCCCUCACAACCCAACAAUCUGCACCCUGCCAAUGACCCCUCACAUGAGGAACCCUCUGACAAUCAGGCCGAAAUGAUUCUGGUACCUGCAGAACAUCAAAGAUUCACUGAAUCUGAUUCCAACUCCUCUGAUGACUCUGACAGUGAUGACAGCAAACUAAGUGAACCCCUGCUUGACCUCAAUGACAUUAACAAAAUGAAUAUCAACACCCUUCGAAACAUCAUCACUCAGUCCACCCUAUGCAAAUGA